GAUGAGGGAUAAGGUUCCCCACACAACAUGGCCGGUGGACAGCGGCUUCCUUUGCAGGUGAGGGGGGAGUGCUGGUACCUCCCUCUGUGUUGCCAGAGCUCUUCCUUCCCCAUUCUUAUCAGCUUCGUCAUGUAGGAUCUGGUGCUCUCUGAGCUACUCUCCACGAGACUUUGUUAUCAGCUUUUGAAGCGCCUUUUGUUGUUGAUGCUGUUGAUGUUGUGUUCCAACACAAGAUACAUUUCCGUGUGGAAAUGGCGUUGUGGGUUUUUUUUUAGUUUUGUUGUUGUUGCCAUGUUUGGGGCCCUUACCAAACAGCUUUGAUAGGACAGUUUGAUGCUCUGGAAACUAAUGAGGGGCGUAUGAUUUUACAUGCUGCACUAAAUAAACAACAGGCAGACAGAGCCGGAUCGAGCGUUUCAGGCCAGCGCGGCCCUCGCUCCCGGGGAGCCGGAGGCGUUGCUCAUGCUGACGGCCGGGCAGGCCGGCAGGGCUAGGAGCGGUGGAGGCGGGCAGGGGCUAGACAAGGCCUCGACAAGGACCCCGAGCACUCCCCAGCCUCCCCCUGUCGAUGCCGCUGCCCCUCUGCGGCGAAGGGUGGCGGAGCCGCCACUGCCGGCUAACUCUGUGCCGCUCCGGGGGGCCGGGCCGAAGCCGCUGCCCCCCAUUCCCGCCCCGGUUAUGAAACCGCGGGGGAGGGGCCAGUGCCGGCCGCGGCGGCGCCGGGAGAACCGAGUCCGCGGGAGCGCAGUGAUCAGACAGAAUGGCUCCAGUAAACCAGCCAAAGGACAAGAAGCGUGAGAGAGCAUGUCAGCAUUGGCCAGAAGAGGCAAAAUCAGCUGGGAAGAGGAAACGGGACUAUGGAGAACGAGGGAAUGAGAAACAAGAAAAGAAGUUUGUGAGAAAAACAUUUAAACCCUUAGGGAAAAGAGGUUGCUGUGGAGAUGGAUUUGUGAUGAGAAACAAGAGAGUCCUUUCCUCUCAGCUAGAGCGGCGAUGCAGCAUUGUUCAUUAUGUCUACCAGAAAAUGCUGGGAGGCUCCUUUCAGGCACAGCUCAGGCAGAGAUUGGAGCUGGCUUUUCUGCGUUCUCUUUCCUCAUACUGCCUCUUCCGAAGAGCAAGUCCCUUUGACAGGAGAGUGACAUGUCUGGAAUGGCACCCAACACACCCCAGUACGCUAGCUGUUGGUUCCAAAGGUGGAGACAUCAUCCUUUGGGACUGUGAAGUACUUGCUAAAACCUGCUUCAUAAAGGGGAUGGGAGCUGGAGGGGCCAUCACAGCAAUGAAGUUUAACCCUUUUAACCCUAGUCAGCUGUACACUGCGUCAGUUGCCGGCACUACCACCCUGCAGGAUUUUAAUGGCCAUACUGUCCGGGUCUUCACCAGCACCGAGGACUGGGAUUGCUGGUACUGCAGUGUGGAUGUUUCUGCAAGCUGCCGUGCCGUGGUGACAGGUGAUAAUGUGGGCAACGUGGUCCUGCUCAGCACUUCUGGUGAAGAGAUCUGGAAGCUGAAAUUGCACAAGAAGAAAGUGACUCAUGUAGAGUUUAACUCCCGAUGUGAGUGGAUGUUUGCCACAGCAUCUGUGGAUCAGACAGUCAAAAUCUGGGACCUCAGAAACAUCAAAAACAAAAUGAACUUUCUUCAUCUGCUUCCACAUGAGAAACCGGUCAAUGCAGCUUACUUCAGCCCAACACAUGGUGCCAAGCUUCUGAGCACAGACCAGCACAAUGAAAUCAGGGUUUAUUCAUCUUCAGACUGGACCAAGCCACAGCAUCUGAUUCCACAUCCACAUAGGCAGUUUCAGCACCUCACACCUAUUAAGGCAACGUGGCAUCCUCGCUAUGACCUCAUUGUGGUAGGUCGCUACCCAGACCCCAAGUUCCCCGGGUACACGCUGAACGAGCUGCGAACUGUGGAUGUGUUUGAUGGAAACACCGGCGAGAUGGUUUGUCAGCUCUACGAUCCAAAUGCUUCUGGGAUCAUCUCGCUCAAUAAGUUUAACCCUAUGGGAGACACACUGGCUUCUGGCAUGGGCUUUAAUAUUCUGAUUUGGAACCAGGAGGAGAUGGCGGUCAAGAAGCAUGAACAUCUUUUGAAAGCCAUGAGAAACGAGGAGAUUGAAAUGACAGAACAGGGGAUUGGAAGCUGGAGUUCAUCCAGACGUGGAGGGCAGAGGCAGGCAAACCCUGGCACAAGCAAACUCAAAGCUAACUUAAUGUCUGGGGAGCUAGAGGAGAUGAAAAUGAAAAGCAGUGAUUCUCAACUGCAGGGAAGGAAGUGAAAAGAGACCGAUCUAGAGAACUGAUUUAGUGUUUUGAUCCUUUCUGAAUCCCAGGGUAGAAACUCAGUUGUUGUUGGGCAGUAUAAGCUGUGCAGGGAAUUAGACUUUGUCCUUCCUCCCUGGAUCUGACGUUGCUUCCCUGAUACUCUUGGCCUCCUUUUCUAAAAAGUUGUGUCAGUACUUGGUUCCUCUAAGUGGGGUUACUACUCAUUUUCUGAGGCACUAGGAAAACUUAAAAGAUGUUCCCAGAUCUUGCUGAGUUUACUGCUUUCAGCCUACCAUAUCUAUUUGUCAUCACUUGUCAGAGGUUCCUAUUUCCUGUAGUCUGCAGUAGAGCAGCUCAUGACAGGGUCCUCAGCCUGUUCUGGUCCAUCCCAGUUGAGAAACCAUUUGCUAACAGGAUUGACAUCCUGAAAAGAUAGAAUGUUCACAGGCUUGAAGUCAUGGAUAGCUUGGGUAUCCUAGGAAAAACCAAGCUCUCAUAUGAAAGCUUGGAAAAUGUGUUUGUCAAGACAUCAGGCUUAGCCUGUUCUCUGCUUGCAGCUGUUUAACUGGACCACAAAGAACAGGAUGCCAGAGGUCUCUAUCAUUGAUUGCAAGGACAGUAUGGAGCUAGGCACCUGCUGAUUCUCUAGUUUCUGUUUUCAGAGUUCUAGGCUGUUUCUUGCCAAUGAUAGGUAAUUUUUUUCACCCAUGCCUAUGUGCUUCAGAAUGUUUGGUAAGAGUGUUAUAAAGCAGGAAUGAGGGAUUUCUUCCAAAUACCCCUGCUCAGAGCCAAAUCUCAAGACUGUUGUUAAAGGGUUAAGUUUUGCUUUUUCUACUUUGUUUACAAGGCUGCCUGGGGCCUUGCUGCUGUCCCAGAGGUUGAUGGGAUGGGUUCCAGGCCUGUGCAGAUUCUCCACAUUCACGUUUAUAGUUUUGCAAUAUUAAUAUCAAUAAAAUUUUGUACUAAACUAAAAUUCUUUGAUAGAGUGGCUGCUUUGAGGAUACUGAACUGCUUUUGAAGGGGAGAAGUUUGAGACCUUUCUACAGGAGGGCUAUAAGAUGUACAACCAUGGUAGAAGUACCAGUCAUAGUACUGGGUCUGCAGUGGACACCUCCAAGCUGGACAGGAUGCAUCAUCAGCUGUAUCUAUGCAUAGCUGCUGCAGUCAAAACCAGUUU